CUGUCUUCCUGACAAGCCGGGUUCGGCCAUUUUCUAUACAAGUCUGAAAGUAACACCAGUCUUGUAUUGUUCAUCCCAAAAAUAAGCCCACAUCUGAUAUACCGAAAAACAAGUUUUGUUAACACCCCCUCUGGGAUCCGAGAAUGGAAGACGAGAGCCACCCAAAAACCCUCUACGUGGGGAAUCUUUCAAGAGAUGUAACAGAGAACUUAAUUCUUCAGUUAUUUACUCAGAUCGGGCCAUGUAAAAGCUGUAAGAUGAUAACAGAGCAAUCCGAUAGCAGCAGGAAGGUGAACUCUUCUAUUGGAUUUUCUGUUUUGCAGCAUACAAGCAAUGAUCCAUAUUGCUUUGUGGAAUUCUUUGAGCACAGAGAUGCCGCAGCUGCUUUAGCCGCCAUGAACGGACGGAAGAUUUUGGGAAAGGAAGUCAAGGUAAAUUGGGCAACCACUCCUAGCAGUCAGAAGAAAGACACAUCCAAUCACUUUCACGUUUUCGUGGGAGAUCUGAGCCCAGAGAUCACGACAGAUGACAUCAGAGCUGCAUUCGCACCCUUCGGAAAAAUCUCGGAUGCACGAGUGGUGAAGGAUAUGACAACAGGGAAAUCAAAGGGGUAUGGAUUUGUGUCCUUCUAUAACAAACUGGAUGCCGAGAAUGCCAUUGUACACAUGGGGGGUCAGUGGCUUGGUGGACGACAAAUCCGGACUAACUGGGCAACACGGAAACCACCUGCUCCCAAAAGUGUGCAAGACAACAACUCCAAGCAGCUCAGAUUUGAUGAGGUGGUGAACCAGUCGAGUCCUCAGAACUGCACUGUGUACUGUGGUGGGAUUCAGAUGGGUCUUUCAGAACACCUUAUGCGACAGACGUUUUCUCCUUUUGGACAGAUCAUGGAGAUUAGAGUUUUCCCAGAGAAGGGAUAUUCUUUUAUCAGGUUCUCCUCUCAUGAAAGUGCUGCCCAUGCUAUUGUGUCAGUGAAUGGGACUACCAUUGAGGGUCAUGUUGUGAAGUGCUAUUGGGGCAAAGAGUCACCUGACAUGGCCAAAAAUGUCCAACCGAUGGAAUAUGGACAGUGGGGGCAGUGGAAUCAAAUGUAUGGUAACCCUCAACAAUAUGGUCAGUACAUGACAAAUGGCUGGCAAGUACCAUCCUACUAUGGACAGACGUGGAAUCAACAAGGAUUUGGUGUAGAUCAGUCACAGUCCCCUGCCUGGAUGGGUGGAUUUGGGACACAACCUUCUCAGGCUCAACCUGGCCCAGUGAUGAACCAGGCUAAUUUUGGCAUGGCUGGUUACCAGACACAGUGAUUUGCCCUUCAUUCUCUUGUUUAUCUACCCUACCUAUGAGAGCAGGUUCUAAAGACUUACAGGAGCACAUUGUCUUUUUCCCGACAAGCAUUGGAUCUAAAGCAGGAUUCACUUUAAUGUAAAGACACUUUAAAUUAAUGAGGAAAUUGGGAUGACCACCUACGAUGAAAAUCUAAUUUCAUUGACAAGUUUUUCCUGUUGUAAUGGAAUUGGAAGAGAUAUAUUGCAUCUCUUCCAUUUUUACUGCAUAUCUUGAAGAAAACUGCAGAUUUUCCCCAUAAUCCGAGAUUCACAAACUUCACAUCUACAUUGCAAGAAUCCCAUGGUGUAAAUGAUCUAAAUAUAUUGGUUUUUUUUUUUGUUU